CCAGCGAAUCACACUUACCAUGUUAGCGCCAGAUCCAACCACCGCCUGUUGAACGAUUGCAUCGGCCAAAUUGUACACAUCGCCGCUUACUCCGCGAGUGAGAAUCUGCAAUAGAAGCAAGUAACCACAUCAACCAUGAAUAUCCAUCACGCGAAAUCCAAGCAAACAUCGUUGAUCGUAGUAACGAAUUCAAAAGUAUGGCGGAUAAAUUUCGUAUCGGUUCCCGGUUUAUACGCUUAAUCGGUAGUAAGGGGAAAGCUGGUUCGGCCUCUUCAGGCGACAAAGCGACAUCCCGCAAAGCGUCCUCCAAAUCAUCAGACAAAUCGUCCAAAUCCCCGCCCACCGUUAAACCGCCGAAAGAUUUCCAUGCCGUACUGGGUGUGAGCCGAGCGGCCACGUUGAACGACAUCAAAAAGGCGUAUUACCAGCUGGCGAAACAGUUCCAUCCGGACCGAAGCACCCAGAUACAGCAGGAUGGAGCGCCAGGUGCAACGGCGGACACGGCUGCGAUGGAAUUAAAGUUUAGCCAAAUUACGGAAGCAUACGAAGCGUUGCUGGAGGAGCUGAAAAGCCGCACCGACAGUGUGGUCGAUCUGAAUCCGGCCCUGUACCGGGACGUGCAGCGGAAGCACAUGUUGCUUCCGAAGGCAAAGAAGGAACGAUCGGCAAAGCCGGGCGUAGUGUUAAACGAGCUGAAUUACGAAGAUGUUGUGCUAAGUCUUACUUUCAAGGAAUCGAUCGAAGGGACGGUGCGGGAGCUUACGUUGCCGAUCGGGGUAAAGUGUGACCGCUGUCUAUUCACCGGCUCUCAGUCGGUGCGCGAUAAGGCAGGUAUAUGCAGCAUCUGUCACGGUACGGGUAAGCAAGAGUUCCAGUCGGAGAGUGGCAAACUGUUUAUGCCUUGCAAGUUUUGUAACGGUACAAAGCAUACGCCGCAGAAGCUAACGUGCCCCAAGUGCAACGGUAAAGGAAUUGUGAUGAAAAACCACAAGCUGACCGUAACCAUUCCGAAAGCCGCGCAGGAUAAGGACCGGCUAAAGGUACGCAUACCGGGGCUGCAGCGACAGUUGAACGUUAUUCUGCACGUGCAGGACUGUGAACACUUUCGCCGCAACGGGCUGAACAUAUAUUCGACGGAGGAGAUUACGAUGCUGAAAGCGAUCAGGGGUGGUGAUUUAUCCAUCCGCGGCAUCAAUGGGAUCUUCAACAUCCACCUCGAGCCCGGUACACAGUGCGGUUCGGAGGUACGCAUUCCCGGGAAAGGGCUGCGAGACGAGCUUCACCAGGACGUUGGGGACCACGUGCUCAAUCUACAGAUUCGUUUGCCGAAAAGUUUAACACCCAAACAGCUUCGCUUGCUAGAAGAAUUCGAACGAGCCAUCCAUUGUGAUGAGUGAGCGAGCGUGGUAGCUUACCGUUUUCACGUUGAUGCCCCAUUGGCAGUCGGUCCAACGCUCCUUCCAUGCGCGCAACAGCAUUAGCUUGAGCAGGGUGGUUUUGCUGGUUGUUUUCGAGUUGUCCAUGAUCAUUUUGAAACUCUGUUUUUACUAAUAAAAUCACCAGUAAAGUACGGCAAACUGUA